GCGCUUACAAUGUCCAACCACAGCCAGCACUCAUCAAGACUCGGCGGCUCCUCGUGCCAGAUAGUGCUCAGCCAGUGUGCAACCAUGCCCGGGCAGCCUCAAUGCCUGCAACAUCAAGAUCGAAGCCGGCUUCCUAGACUUGGCAAUCGCGCUCAAAGCCUACCCACUCGCCAUCAUAUCCACACCAACUAACUGAAGCCAUCCAGCUAUCCGAACCACCAUCGUCAAGCUAAGCCGGGAUCUUUUAACCCUGAGCUCGCGCUUGGACUCUCACGGGUACCCAGGUUAGUCCUUCGCACCUCGAAACUCACUUGUCCUGCCAGCUCAGCGUGGCUUCCCGCUAGACUGCGCCUUCUCUUUAGUCUCGGGUCCUUCCCGGCACCGCGAAACACCCAGCUGGCUGCCAUGUUUGCAGUCCACCAGCAUGAUGAGACAAGCAAUUGAGCCCAUGUAGUAUGUGUGCAGAAAGAACGGCCAUCUGUGCCUUGUUUG